GCCCGUAAUUUAGCGAUUCGGCAAAAGAGACCGAAUAGACCUUAAACAAAAAGUAAUGUGGUCAAUUCGUUCGACUAAAGUUCUUCAAGGCAGUGCCCCAGCAUGGCCGCAGUCUAAUGACUGAAACAAAGAAAAAAGUGUGUGUGUACACAAAUUCAUAAACCCUUACACGUGAUCGUUUGGCCUGCUAGAAACAACAGCAAUAUUCACUUCCAGUUACAUCCUCUAACACAAAGACGGAGUACGUACGAUUGAAAAGCCCUUCAUCAUAGGGCCAGCUUAGUAAAGGCCGACACGGAGCUAAACAAUAUACAUACAUAUAAAGCAGGUCGAAACUUCGAGGUCACUAUCACCACUAUUCUUACAAAUGUAUAAUAAAUAUCUAUUCUACAAAAAAGUAUGCUGUAAUCCACCAGCUUCAUGUUAAAUUUUUAUAUAUACCUCUAUAUAAAACCAAACAUUAAUAUAUAUGUAUUUAUGUAUGUAUAUAUACAUACAUAUAUUCAACUUCCGCCACCUUUAUCACGACAGCGACAACGACCACAGCACUGCCACCAACAACAAUCACAACAUCAGCAGCAGCACUGUCAAGCAAUUAUGCAAGCUUAUAAUUGUAUAGUAAGUCGACUCAUGUGGCGCUAGGUCUAUGUAUACGACGGAUGUAAUGUAUGUACCCGCAGACGUUUGAAGGACUACAUUAUGGAUGUAAAUAUAUACCCACCCGAGUUGAAAGGACUUACCCACGUUUACCGGAUACCAUAGCUGAGAAAAAUGGCAGAACCCCCAACAGAAGUGAGUUACAGCAAUCUACCCACGAUAUCAUUAGCUGAUAAACUGAGAUUGGCUGCAAGUAAGGGUCAACUAGAUACAGUUGAAGAGUUGCUUCAAGCAAGGGCCACUUUUGAAACUGACAGAGAGAGAAGGACAGCCCUCCACUAUGCUGCUCUCAAUGGUUACCCAGAUGUUUGUCGAUGCCUCAUUUCCCAUGGAUGUGAUAUUGACAAACAAGAUGCUAUUGGUUUCACAGCUCUUCAUCGGGCUUGCUCCCAGGGCCACACUGCAGUAUGUAAAGUAUUACUGGAGGAAGGAUGUGCAAAGGACCUGCAAGAUGAGCAUGGUAACACAGCACUACAUGAAGCUUCCUGGAAUGGCUAUAGUAAAACUUUAGAUGUUUUAGUGAAGAACAACUGUAAGGUGUCAAUUCAAAAUAAGAGUGGUUUUACUCCGUUGCACCUUGCUGCACAAAAUGGUCAUAAUGAAAGUUCCAGAAUUUUGAUUUACUCUGGCUGUAGUACAGAUAUAAAAAACAAUUAUGGUGACACAUCCUUACAUACAGCAGCUCGUUAUGGCCAUGCAGGUGUUGCACGUAUCUUAAUUAGUGCCAGGUGUUCACUGAAUGAUGAGAACAAGAAUGGUGACACGCCGUUACACAUCGCUGCAGCAUUGAAACGAAGGAAAAUAGCUAAAUUGCUUGUGGAAGCUGGUGUUGAUUGUUCAUUACGAAACAAGCAAAAUGAGACAGCUGCUGACGUGGCACGAAGAAAAGAAUAUCCAGAGAUUAUAUUAAUUAUUUCAGCAAAUCACAAGGGCAAAGCUCGACCUCACCAGAUAGUUCCAGAAGAUAAACAAGCUGUCCACAUUGCUGUCGAUGGACCAAACAUGGUGUUCAGAGGUAAUGCUCCCACUGCUGCCAAUAAAGAAACAGCAAAGCCAGAAAAGGAGAGGAGAUUCUUCUUUUUCAAGAGGAAGAAAAAACAGGACAAAGAUAGAGGAUCAGGGCCAGAGCACCCACAGCCAACCACAAGCAGACAACAACAACAACAACCACAAAGAUUACAUACACCACACCAAGUAAACAAAAGCAAUCCAGUUCAAGGAUUCUUCAACAAGUAUGUCCCUAAGGAAGGGUUUCAGUACUACAGAGACCUGGCUGGAAAUAUUAAAGAGGGUCCUAUUGGUUAUACACCUAUAUGUCAAUGUAUGCCAAUUGUGAAGAGAAUCGAAAAGAACAUGGAUGAGACGAAGGAGAACCUUUACGACCACAUUGAUGCCUCACACCAGAUAUUACAGAACCGCAUCAACCAGCUGGACAAACGGACAUCACAGCAGGUUUUCUCUAUUGAUCGUCUUAAUAAGGAGAGGUUGGAUGCUUCUCAUAGCCAGUGUAAACAACAUAUUGAUACUCAGUUCAACCAGCAGCGUAAAAAUGCUGAACGUUUAUAUACAAAAUACAAUGAGAACGUAAAAUCUGAACUUCAAGCCUGGCUUGAGACGAGAUUAACUGAUGAGGAAAGUUGUCACCCUCACCACCAUGAUGACUCGGGAUUUUACCAUCGAAGUGUUUUCUUUGAUGUUGUUGAGAAUGAAAAUGGUCGGUUGUUUCGAUCGCGUUCUGAUGAAACUUUGUCACAGUCAGACUACAGCGUAAGACAUCGGAAAAAAGACUUUUAUGAAAAUCGGCAAGCUGCAAUGCAACAGAUCCGUGCUUGGCAAACUCCUGACAGAUACAGACGCCGUGAUAAUUAUCCUGUCAGAGACAGCUCUUUGAGACAGUUACCAAAUGUAUCAGUUAGAAAUGUAGUAACUGUUCCACAUGGUCCCAGUAUUACUCGUCCCCGCACUAUGAUAGAAUGUACAUCCCCAAAUCAGACAUCUUCCUUUAAUCCCCCUCCACCUGCUAUAGCUCAGCUCUCUUUAGAAUCCUCUCCAACUUCUAAAGCAUUUGAAAAUAGGGCAGUGAAACCAUUUACUCCUUCAAAAUUAAGGCACUCCACACUUCCCUCUAAAGCAAAUAGCCCCAAUUUACCUUCAACAUCCUCUCAAGGUCUUGCCCCAGGACAUUCAGGUACUUUAAAACACCAAAGCCAGGUAAUGCCUCACUUAAGCCACAGUAGUCAGGGCCAAAAGGAUGAAAGGCAAAAUUUAGUGGAAAGGGGCCCACCAGAAGUAAGCAAAAUGAUAGGACCUGGGAUGGGCCCCAAUAAUGUAUUUACUUCAAAUCAGCCAACACUGAGACAAUUUAAUGAAAACUCUAUGGAAAAAGAUUCCAAGGAAACAGUUAGGAACCAGAGACAGUUUUUAACUGUUUCUAGUUACUCUGUGACAAAAACUUCUGAAACUCAGUUGUUACAAACAAAACAGUUUCUCCCCAAAUCACCUGCUGCCAAAAACAGCAAUGAAGAUUCCAAUGGAAUGAGGCCCCGAAGUCAUAGCCAAGACAUGCUUGCUGAUUCAUCAUCCCGUGACAUAAUUCGGGAAAAAAAAUGUAUAGGUUAUUAUCAUUCUGAACGAACAAUGCCAUUAGACCGGAGUAAAUCUUACGGUAACCUCAAAGAAGAAUUAUCAGGAACACAGUCUAAUAGUGUCACAUUACAGUCAAAUACAGCAAUGAUGUCACAGUACAGUCAUCAUCAGUCGUAUACAGUGCCAACACCUUUCAAAACUGCUCCUCCACCAAACUCUGCUUAUUCUAACAGUGUCAACAACACAAAAUACACAAGACCUUCUAUGGCAGAUUCUGCUGCAAAAUCAUAUGGAACUGAAGCAAAGCAGUCUCCACAGAAAGAUAUGGUAUUUUCCAAUUCUAGUCAGUCUGUCUGCAAAGAACAGUAUCAAAAACAAAUGCAGAAAGGUUUGUCACAGACAGCACUAGACUACACAUCUCCUUACAAGAAUCCCACACUAGACUACUCUUCUCCUUACAAGAACCCUGCACUAAAUCGCACAUCUCCUUACAAGAAUACGGCACUAAGCUAUCACAGCAAUAGCAAAAACAUGCUAGGGAACCAACAGAUGGAUAAUCCUAACCUCAACGACACUCUCAACCCUCUUAGUAGAUCAGAACCACAACUGAUGAAAGCAGACAGUUCAGAUGGCCACCAUUACCGAAACAGUCCAACAGCUUUGUCAUCAAAAAUAGUUAAUGCACCGACCAAUAACAGUAGUGCAGCAGCUUGUGUCCAAAAUAACAGCCACCAAAACCAUUGGUCUUCAUCUCCACUACAGAAAUCCAACUCCAAACUCUCAUCUCCAAUGUUAGACUGGUGUCAUAAAGAGGACUCCAGCAGCAACCCUGAUUCAGGCUAUAGCUGUCGUAUCUAUGGGAAUGGAAACAACAGAAGUAGUACAUUACUGAAUACAUCACACAGCAACACAGCAACUCCAACAUCUUCAUUUAGUGGAACUGAUCAGAGUCCGAGUACAGCAUCUGCCUCUUUACAACUGUCACCUUACAGAGGACAGCUACAGAACCAAGUAGCCAGAGACAGCUAUGAUGAUCGACAGUCAUCAAACAAACAGUAUUUUGAGUCAGUCACAGCUCAUCUUCAGAAUUGGUACAGCAAGAAAAAACUAGAGACUUCUCAAAAGGAAGUACCAAAGACUCUUUCACCAACAUUAUUACAACAACACCAGCAACAAAUAGCACCAUCUUUUGGUACAAAUAAUCCAUAUUUGGCAACUAAUUAUCCCCCUACACCAGUGAAAGGCUACAUCAGAGGAAGUGAUGUAUAGUAACAUUAACAUCAUACAUAUACAUUCCGUAAUACUUUCACAUUCCAUCAUACAUAUUCCAUCAUACGUACACACUUUCUCUCUUGCACAUGCAUACACUCCAUAAUACACUAUAUUAUUAAAGAUAUAUGUACACAUAGAUACCUGUAUAUAUGUAUAUACUCACAUUCCAAUUUAUUAGUGUUAUAAAUGAUGAGAAAAUGUUUGAAAUUGUCUACAUGUGCAUAUAUAUUCAUGUAAAUAUGUGUGUGUAUGUGUAUAUAUGAAGAUACAUUAAUAGACUUUAACAUUAUUCUGUUAUCAUCCAAACAUCUUGAAAAUAAAUUAAGGCCAAGGUACCAAGGCAAAAAUAUACCUUACAUACUAACACACCAUUAGUUAUCAAUUCAACAUUUAGUCAUCAUCCGUCUCAACAACUCCAAAGUUCAAGUUUACAAGAUACUAAUUUAACAAUUCCAUGUUUCAGGUAAUCCCUCCUUCUAUAAAGAAUCAAAUAACAUCUGGAAGUAAUCUGGAUUAACUGUGGGUCAGUUGGUACAGUAAUUAAUAUCCUGAUAAGACAUGAUCAAAAACAUCAAACACACUUCAAAAUCAAGUGUAUUUAAUGAAUAAAUUACAAAGUCAAUAUAUUUAAUGAGUAAAUUGCAAAGCCAAUGUAUUUCAUGCUGUGGUGGAAAGGAAGAAUUGUAAGCCAACAUCAGAGACAAUGGUCCUUCCGCAAGAGAGAAAGGAAAAUAAAACAGAAAACAUUAGCAUACACAAUGUUGGUUUAAAAGACUCUUUAAAUCCUAUAAUCAUUUGUAUUAGAGGUGUAAAUGAUGCUAUAGCCUAUUAAGAUGUAGUUCAUUGUGAGAGGGAUACUAGGGUUUAUUCUGGUGAAGUCCACAUUCUGAAAGGGGUGUUAAGGUCUAUUUAUGGUGCAAUUGACUGUGAGAAGAGUGCUAGCAUCUAUGGUGUGGUUCAUUGCAAGAGGGGUACUAGGGUCUAUUCACAGUGCAACACAUUGUGUGAGGAGUGCUAGGGUUAAUUAUGGUGGAGUUCAUUGUGAAAGGGGUGCUAAAGUCCAUUUAUGGUGCAGUUCAUUAUUAAAGGGGUGCUACAGUUCAUUUAGGAUUUAGUUCAUUGUGCAAGGGAUGCUAGAAUCUAUUUGUAGCUCAGUUCAUUGUGUGAAGAGGUUAUGGUGUAUGUAGUCCUGUGUAUUGUGUGAGGAGUGCUAUGGUGUAUUUGUGAUCCAGUUCGCUGGAUGGUUAGUGCUAUGGUGUAUUUGUGAUCCAGUUCACUGGAUGGUUAGUGCUAUGAUGCAUGUAUGGUCUGGUCCAUUAUAUGAAGGGUAAUAUCCUGUACAUGUGGUCCAGUCUAUUGUGUGUUGGAUGUGGGGAUGUAUUUACAUUUCUAAAUCCCUUGGUUUAUCCAUUAUUUGUCUCUUUCCUGCCUGGCAGAUAGAAUAUUGGAGGCUAAGAUGAAAUCAGUUAGUUUUAGAGGAGCAGAGGCCAUUGUAGCAAUGUAAAGAAAAAGAGGACAACAAUGUAACAUGUUCUUAGGUGGAUGGAUUUUUCUGGAAUGUGUGCUUUGAUGUAUGUAUGUGUGUACGUACGUUUGUAUAUAUAGGUGUGUGUAUGAAUGUAAUAUUGGUUUCAAAUUUGGCACAAGGCCAGCAAUUUCGGGAGAGAGGAUAAGUUGAUUACAUCGACCCCAGUGUUCAACUGGUACUUAUUUUAUCGACCCCAGAAGGACGAAAGGCAAAGUCAAACCCAGCGAAAUUUAAACUCUGAUCCUGGCAGAAUUUGAACUUAAAAUGUAGACAGACAAUAUGCUGCUCAGCAUUUUGCCCAACAUGCUAACGAUUGUGUCAGCUCACUGCCUGACGGGAUGUAAUAUUCAAAGCACUAGAUAUAGAAUAUGUUGAGGAUUUGUGACAGGGCUGUCUUCUGAUCUUUUAUAGAAUCAAAGUUUCAUUAUUGUCAGUACUGUUGUUGCCACCACUGAUGUCACUGCCAGCAACAGCAUCAUUAUCAUCAUCAUCUUCACCACCACAAUUACCACCACCACCACCAUCACUGCUUUCAUCAAUCAUCAUUAAUAACGAAUCAGUCAUUCCAUUAGGCAUGUGUUAUAGCUGUGCCCUUAAAAAUCUUGUGUCUUUGAACAAUGGCAGCCCCUUGCCCAAAUCAUAUACUGUAAUUCAUGGCAUUUUUGAAAGUCUCAAAUUUAUUUAACCCAUGUUCCAAGGCUAGUGUUGUAAAUUUGACAAUCUUGUGGUAGCUUCCUCUUUGAAUUGCUUCAUCCCUAAUUGAAAAGUACAGGAUUUCUCAGAUCUACUCCCUCUCCAAGUACUGACAAUUUAUGAUUGGUUAAUAGUAUAAGUACUGUGGAAGGCACAUGAGCUAGUGGUUAAGGUGUUGCAUUUAUGCUUGCAAGGUUGUAGUUUCAAUUCCUGGACAAGGCAGUGUGUUCAUUUCAUUUUGUUUCAGUUCACUCAGUUGUAAAUGAGUUAACCCCGAGAUGGACUGGUGUCCUGUUCAGUGGAGAGUAAUUGUAAUUUCAGUCAAUUAUACACCAUGGAAAUUGGGUUAAACUCUCACUUCAGGAGUUGUAGGGAUCAUGACAGACUUAGGUCUAAGUAUGCUAACAUGGACUUAGACUAUUACGUCCAAGUAAAUAUUAAUAUUAAUAAUUAAUGUGCUGUAUGGAAAUAAGAGAAUUGGGAAUUCAACACCAUUCCAUGUAGAUUUGGACUUGUGUUGAAUUCUUAAUUCUCUUACUUCUGUAUGAUACAUUAAUUGUCAAUAUUAAGAUUUGCACCUGGUUGGUGAGCUUGCAGAAUCAUUAGCGUGCCAGGUAAAAUAAAUUAUUGAUUAAGAAUUUUUUAGACUGUUAAAAACUAUUUCCUUGUCUACAUGGGUAAAGGCAUGUGGCCUAGUGAUUAAGAUACUGCACUCUUGAUUGUAAGAUUGUGGUUUCACUUCUCAGAUAAGGCAGUACAUUGUGUUCUUGAGCAAAACAUUUCAUUUCAUUUUACUCCAGUUCACUCCGCUCUAAAUGAGUUCCAGCAAUAUCUGGGAAGUUAACCCUGAGAUGGACUGGCAUCCUAUUCAGUGGAGAGUAAUUGUAAUGUCAGUCACUUAUACACCAUGAAAAGUGGAUUAAACUUAAAACUUAUGAGUCCUGGGGCUCAUGACAGAUUUAAUAUAAGUAUUAUAACCCCUUUUCUUUGGAUCAGGCCCUUUUAUGAAGCAAAUUCAAGCUGUUGGUGCUAUGUUUACCUCUCACUACCAACAAUGAGUGCUUCAUGGCCAGUUAUUCUUCUUUCAUCUUCUAUCUUUUACUUGUUUCUGUCAUUAGACUGGCCAUGCAGGGGCACCACCUUGAAGAAUUUUUAGUGAAAUGAAUUGACCCUAGUACUUAUUUUUCUGGUUGUCAAACAAGUGGUGGGGGACAAACACAGACUCAAAUCCAUUCAAAAGGUCCAAGGCACUUGCCCAAGGUGCCAUGCAGUGGGACUGAACUUGGGACCAUGUGGUUGGGAAGCAAGUUUCUUACCACACAGCCAUGCCCACACUUGCAAAAAAAAAAAAAAAAAAAAAAAAAAAAAAGAAAGCU